ACUCAACAAUAGAAUAAAAUUAUAAAAAUUACUGUACUGUGCAACUGAAAAGCUAUUACCAAGUCACCUAGCUAUCAAAAGCUAAAAACAAAAAUUUAUGUGAAAAGUAGAUUAUUACCUGCAUUAAUGGUAGUGAAACAUGCCUUUAUGAUGGAUACACAAUGUACAAACAUUUGAAAACAGAAACAAUGACAACUAUGGACAAGAAGGGUGUGGACCUGAGAAAUAGCAACAUCCUGGAACUAUUUCGGGGUGCUCAGGUCCUUCUCACCGGAGCAACAGGAUUCAUGGGUCAGGUGCUAAUGGAGAAACUUCUCCGCACCUGUCAAAUAGACAAACUCUACAUAAUCAUCAGACCUAAGAAGGGAAUGACAGAAAAGGAACGCCUUAAGAAAAUAUUUGAUAGCUAUCUGUAUGAACGACUACAGCGGGAACAACCAAACUGCAUCAGCAAAGUUGUUCUUGUCACAGGUGACAAUGAACAACGAGGACUUGGACUGAGCCAAGAGGACCAUGCUCUGUUAGUCCAUCAGGUUAACAUAAUAUUCCACGCUGCAGCAACAGUUCGUUUUGAUGAAAAACUUACAAAAGCUGUUGCCAUAAACAUUCUAGGAACUAAGGACAUGCUAGAUCUAGCAAGAGAAAUGCCACAUUUGAAGGUGAGCUACCACACUGUAUGAAAGCGCCUCAUCUUAUAUUAUCUGCU